CCAUCCAGUACUCACAAUGCUAAAGCCACCCUUUGUACACGACAAGGCAUUGUUCUCAUCGCUGAGUGAGGGGUAAAAGCCGGCCUCGCGCUCACCUUCACCGCGACUGAGCAACAAUGACGCAUUGACAUUCGACCAUCACGCUGUUUAUCACGCUCAGGACGCGAACCAUCUCACUUACACAUACGACGCAUCACGACGCCAGAAUCUCCAAGGCUCACUACAAUCCCUUAGAGUACCAUCGCUAUGGCAUUUCUGCAGAAUGCUAAAGAGCGCCUUUGGAACUACAUCAGUCCUCGAAAAACGCAGCAACGACGCGACAAGCCAUUCAAGGUCCCCGCAAUUCCUCUACGGAAGCGACUUACUAAAGAACAUGUUGCAACACCAGAGGCACGGGACAUGAGCCCGGGGUCGCGAGUCAAGACCUGGCACACUCAAACAUCGAGCCCAUACGGCGAUGUUGACGUAACGCUGUUGCCGCCAUCACCACCAAGCUCGCUCAAGCGCUCCUACGACUUUGAUGGUGACACACUAAUCCCCAGCUCGCCGUGCGGAUACAUGGUCAAGACUAGAUAUCCUGAAGAAGAGCCUGGAUCUUCGGAGGAUGAAUCCGACGCUACUGGCAACGUCACGGUGGUAGAUCAAAGGUACAUGCUAGGGGAGACCAAGACCGUCUAUGUUGAGGAUGAGAGACAAACCUUGGAUAGAGAAGCUAGUGAACUGCGAGCAGCUGGCUGGCCUGAGGAUGCUGUGUUCUUGUUCCAGAAACUGGCUCAGCGUGGUCGUGAACCGCUCUUGCCAAUCGACUGGAUUGAUGAUUUUGGCUUCAGCGGCCUACCAGGGGAUCUGUUCACAGUCAACGCGGAAAAAGCCUUCAUCAAACCAGCUCUUGGCUCAACCUACCAUGCACAACUAGCACUCAGCCCUCUUUUCGACCUCGGUGGGCUUGUUCGCAAUGUUGCCAAGGUGAAGGCGGGUAGACGGACUCCCGAAUAUCUCCUCAAACAAUCUGUUGACAAAUAUACCGACUGGGCCUUGAAAGACGGCGACAUCAAGCCCCUCUGGGACGCAUACCCCCUCUUCCAGACCGUGUCAUGGGACAAGAGGGCCGAUAUAUAUACCUCAGAGCAGAAGCUGAUAUGGAAACUCGGCCGCCUCCACGAACUAUGGGCCGAGGCCCUUGAGAAGAAAGCCGCCCUGGGCUACAUCGUGCCGGAAGUCCCCACGCUGUACGGCGUCGUUGCAAGUCACACGGUCAUGGCGUUUGUCCGAUACGAUCCGCCAACCUACGAGAGCAAGGUCCCUCAAAUUCGACUAGUGGCCACGUUCGACUUCGGAGGUCCUGACGAGGAGGAAGAACAAAAGAAGAAAAGGAAACAGAAGAAGCAGAAGCGGAGUGAAAACAAACAAAAAGACAACGCGGGGUUCGAUGUGUGGAACGGAUUCGCCAUCGCCAUGUUGGUCGUGCAUUGCCGCAAUAUCAUGAUGCAGCUCAAGGAGUACUUGCCUGAGGUGGAUGUCUGCAGUGAGGACGACCCCGAUCUCUGAAUUCAGCUCGAGACAUGGCAUGCACCCCAAGGUACGAGCUAGAUGAUUCGAGUGAACCGGCGAGCUCAACAACGGAAAUCGAACGACGCGAUAGAGAGAAGAACUUGCUCGAGGAUUACAGACGUGGAGAACGAUUUGAUAGGUUUCGGCGUUUUUUGUUUCACGAUAUACCCUCUGUACUGCCCAAUACCCCUUUUAGCGUUUUUCUAAUCUUUAUUCUGCACGGGAUCGAGCGAAUUUUCGAUAACUCCUAUAUCGUGGCCUGUCACUUUGCUGCAGGACGGCUGUCACUGCACUUUUUGUAAGCGAUACAAGCAACAAUGUGCUUUACACAGAAUUCUAAUACUGAUAUCC